AUGCCAGGCACUCAAGUCGCUACUCCCGAGGUUGAGACCGAGGUUGUCAACAAGGAGGUCGUUUCGCCGAUCAAGAAAUCCGUCGUCGAAGAAGCCGAACAGGCUGUGACUGAGACCGGAGACAUCCUGACCGACGAGAAAGUCGUCGAAAAGGUUGUCGAAAAGGCCGAAGCUGAAAGCGCCACCACCGACGAAGAACCAAAGGAAGAGAACGGCAAGGCUGCUGCUCCCGUCGAUGAAGAGGAAGAGUCUCAGGACUCGCAGAAUGGCGAUUCCGAAGAGUCAUCUGUGACCAACGGUUCAGCUAAGGAGGCCGUCGAGGAGGAGUCCAACGAAGUUGAGGAGACCGAAGUGGAGAGCUCCAAGAGGAAGUCGAUCACAGAAGAGGAGCCGGAGGUGUCUCCCAAGAAGCAAAAGACCGACUCAGAGGCCCAGCCUGCUGAAGAGAACGCUGAGGAAAGCGUCACCACCUCUGUCUAG